GAAAGAAAGGUCAAGCUUUUCUCUUGGCAGCGAUAAAAAGUCAUUCUGGCAUAAUUUCUCAACAAUUCCGCAUACCUAAAAAUAUGUGGAAAUUGUUGCUUUUUUUGGGCGCUUUUUCCGUCGGGGCGUUGGGCGAUUGCCCUAGAGUGCCCAGCAUUUAUCAUUCGAGAUUCGACAAAAGUGCAGGAGAUAAUGGAUACCAAAUUAAGAUCAACGAGAAUCCGGAAAAGUACGUUCCUGGAAAACUUUAUACUUUGUAUCUUAUGGGAACCAAAACCCUGAACCGCGUCCAACAAUUCCAACGUUUCAUCGUCAACGUGCAAUCGUCAGACCGUCCGGAAAACAUUUCGCCUCAAACUGUUGGCAGUUUUCAGCUGUACGGCGACAACCAAACGACUUUUAACGAGGAAUGCGUCAACACCAUUUCGGAACGUUACGCUACGCCCAAAACCGAAGUGUUUUUCAUGUGGGCCGCGCCACCUCCCGGAUCCGGAUGCGUCACAUUCAAGGCAAUGGUGCUGGAAAAUGCAGAACAUUGGUUUGCUGAUGAGGGGGGUUUGAGUAAAACUUUUUGCGAACAAACCGACCAAUUUGAUGCUAGCGAUUGUUGCGCAUGCGAAGAAGCUAAAUACACUUUAACAUUCGAAGGACUUUGGUCCAAAGCCACUCACCCAAAAGAUUACCCUUUUAGCUUAUGGCUAACCCAUUUCUCUGACGUCAUCGGUGCGUCGCACGAGAAAAACUUCACUUUUUGGGGCGAAGGCCAAAUAGCCUCAGAAGGCUUCAGAAGCCUCGCGGAGUGGGGCUCGGUGCGCAUGAUGGAAAUCGAGCUCAGGGCCAAAGCCAAAUUUCUAAGGACCAUAAUCAAGGCCGCAGGAUUGUGGCAUCCAAAUGUCAACACAAAUACAUCAACUAACUUCAAGGUUGACAGGAGACAUCACUUGAUUUCGUUGGCAUCUAUGUUUGGUCCGUCUCCGGAUUGGGUGGUGGGUGUGAACGGUUUAAAUCUUUGCCUACAAAAUUGCUCUUGGAUCCCGGAAAUGACCCUGAAUCUAUAUCCGUAUGACGCAGGUACCGAUAGCGGCAUUACGUACAUGUCACCCAACGCUGAAACCAGUCCUAGAGAGCGCAUCUAUCGCAUCAGUACUACUUAUCCGGAAGACCCUAGGGCACCGUUUUACGACCCCAGCAAAACUGAGAUGGAACCACUAGCAAGAAUAUAUUUGAAAAGAGACAAAGUGAUUGCCAAGCAGUGUGACGAAAACUUUUUAAAUUCGCAACUAGAUGUCAGUGAGAAUACUGAGGAUACUGUGAGACCCGAAUGCGCUGUGACUGAAUACACGGGCUGGAGCGCAUGCUCAGUAACGUGCGGUAAAGGUUUAAGAAUGCGCACCCGAGACUAUUUGCUGCCGCAAAAAGCCCAAAUGUUCCAAUGCAACCGACAAUUAGUUUCGAAAGAAAUGUGCGUGGCAGCACUAGCCGAAUGUCCACGUGACAACACCGACGACCAAUCACAAGAGGAAGAAAUCACAAUUGACAAUCUUGACAGUAACCAAGGUGGCGUGUGCUCCACAAGCCCAUGGGGCGACUGGUCAGAUUGUUCGGAAACGUGCGGAGUGGGCUUCAAAAUGCGCAACAGAUUCUUCAUAGAUCAAAUGGGCCGUAAGAAAUGCCCUCACAUAACUGUAGUAGAAAAGGAAAAGUGUAUGGGGCCUCCUUGUUCCGCUUCAACCAAAGAAACUACUGAUCCGAUGUGCCCGACUACAAGCUGGAGCGAUUGGAGCCCGUGCAGCGCCUCUUGCGGCAAAGGCGUCAAAUUCCGUCAAAGACUUUUACUAGUCGUACCAGAGCUACAAGAAAAAUGCCAAGGACGAGUGGAAUUGCUACAGCAAGCUCCUUGCUUAGACACGCCCGACUGUAGCUUCGAUAUGACUACAGCCAAAGUUGUUUGUAUGCAACCCUCCGACCAAGGACCUUGUCCGGGCUACUACAGCCGCUGGCACUUUGAUUCUUCGAAGCUCACCUGUCUACAGUUCGUUUACGGCGGUUGUAGGGGCAACAAAAACAACUUUUUAACGUUUGAAGAGUGCAUGCAAGGUUGUAGUAUAGUGAAGCAGGCUUUGGAAGGGCAAGAGCCGAAAGCUGCUAGCAAUCCGAACGUGCAGCUGUACAACGAGGAGGCUGUAGAUUGUAUGGUGACGCCAUGGAGUCCGUGGAGUGCGUGCAGCGCCACCUGCGGCGUUGGGUUUGAAGAAAGGUUUAGGAUGGUUAAAAGACCGGCGCAAAAUGGUGGCAAGGCUUGUCCGACUAAUACGCGCAAGAGACGACGCUGUUACGGACCUGUAGCUUGUUUUUAGAUUUUCAUAAUUUAUACGUUAUUUGAUAAGGAAUUUAAUUAGAAUUUAAUUUGAUCUUA